UGCUGGUCUAAGUGAGGGUUGCUUUGACAAAUUAAAAAACUCAUCAAUUUCGCAGACACUGUCCCAAAGAUAUUUUUCUAAAAUCAUUAUUCUAAGUUCAGCAAGCGCUCUUCGUCCUUUAUUUCCGGUACCUGUGUUCAAACAGGAACAGUCAAACGGGCCACGCAGCUUCAAGAAUUACUGCUGCUUAUUGUUUGAGUUGUUUUAAGUAAAUUUGACAAAAUAUAACUGAAUUGAUUUGAAGUAUUUUAUCGUAAAGAGGUUUUUACCCAUCCGGCAAACCUUAUCGUUACUGAAGCCUAUGAGGUAUGGCCCCCUCGAGGCAGUUCGCCAACCACCCAGAUCCCAUGGAUUUGUGGCUUGAAACACAAGGAUAUUACAGAAAGUUGACAGCCAGAGAUGGUUCUUGUUUGUUCAGAGCAAUAGCAGAACAGGUAUAUUACACUCAGAAAUUUCACCCAGAUGUAAGGAAAUUGUGUAUUGAUUAUUUACGUAAUCAUUUGGAACUUUUCAAUGAGAUCAAUAUAGAAACAGAAAUUGAAACUCACUUGGAACAUCUUCAAAAUCCUACUUGUUGGGGGAGCUUGCUUGAAAUUACUGCACUUUCUCAUCUCUUCAAGAUUGACAUAUUUAUAUUCAAGGAGGUUGGAGUAGCUGCGGAAAAUGCUGCGAAUACUUUUUAUGGGAAAAAAGUAAUGCUCUGUUUCUCACUUGAUCGUCACUAUGACUCUGUGUAUUUGAAAGAAUUCACAAAGACGGCUGGUUAUUGCCAGUCAUUGGUAUAUGAAAUGCUCUACAAGAAUGUCUUUGGUAUGAAGGACGUUGACUAUGCUGUUGACAAAAUGCUUCAUUACAAACCACUGCGACACCGAGGGGAGUCAGGAUCUUCUGGGUCCAGGAAAUUCUUCAGUUACAGUUGCAAUAGCAUUCAACUUCAAAGGAAAGGAAUUGUUGUUGACGCUAUACUUGAUGAUGUUGAGGUAAAUGUUAGAGAUUUACUUCAAAAGGGAGUCACACCUUUUCCUUACAAAGUAGCAAAAUCCCUUGAUCCCAAUAUAUUUCGAAAUGUAGAAUUUGAUGUAUGGAUAGACUACAGAAGAGGACUACGCCAAGGCUAUUUUGGAACUAAUAAUGAGCUUCAAGUGGGAGUAAAGUGCCUAGUCAAAAUUGAAGAAAGUACAUUUGUUGGACAUAUUCAGGACAUGUCUCCAGAAAAGGGCCCAGUUGUUGUCUUUGUAGAGGAGCUUGGUGAAAAGCGCACUGUACCAUUUGAAAACUUAGAACUCUUGCCUCAGGAACCUCUCACCUUAAAGCAGAUGCCUGUGAGCCACUCAAGAAAUUCAUCAACUAUGGCUCACACAAAUAAAUGUAUUACUAAUGAAAGCAGCUCUGGAAGUACAAAACUUCGCAAAGGAAGAAGUGACAAUGAAACUAAAGGAAAGAUAUUAGAUCCUAAUGGUAUUCAAGUGUUUACAUCUACAGGGCGAAGGAGAACCACCUCUAGAAGUGACCAGAGUAGCAUUACGGAUAACAGUUGUGAUAAUUUAGGCAGAACAUGUGUAUAUCAAGAAUCAAACAUGACUAGUUUUACCAAUUAUUCAGUUGAUAGUUUCAAUCUUAAUGGAGCUUACCAUCCAUAUCAGUUCAAGCCAACCAUGGAGUUGGGUAUGAGUUUACCCCUUCAAACACACGUACUGAUGUCAGCUCAGCAACAUGGCAGUUCACAAAUUUUAAUACCAGUGAGUCCACGCCCUGAAGAUGUUCCUGCUCAUUGGCUUGCUACUAAUGACAUGUCAAGUUCAGCCGACUUGAGCUUGGAUGAAACAGCUGAAGUUUCACAUUCAACGACAGGUAUUGAAACUCCUGUAGAAAAUAUUAAAAAUCAAAUGGAAAUUGGAGCCUUAGAUGACUGUGUCAAUUACUUGCCUGAUCUUAACAUGCUUAACAUGCAAGAACCUCAAAUUAACUUCAAUGCUCCGAAGUCAGUCCUUGAUGACGGAGCUGACUUACCUAUUUCAGACAUACAAACAUUAAGAUUUUUCUACAAUCUUGGAAAUGAUGUAUACCGUGCACAAUGUAGUAUGCAAUAUGGCUGGGGAGGAUACACACAGCCAUGCACUGUGACCUCUCCUUCAACUCCAAAUCCUCCAGGAAUGUGUUCAGGAAAAUGUUUAUGUGGACCAGUUUGUAUAACGACUGUGCCAACAAUUCACCGUCUCUUAGAACCUACUACUCCACCCAGUAGUUCAAGGCGCAAAAGGAAAGACAGUAGUACAAACAUGGCGGGAGGCAAUGACAUUGAAUCUUCUGUUACCCCACCAAACUCGCAACCUCCUACAUCGACAUCUGGAACUGCUGCUACUCCACAACCUACUGUUCCUCCUAGAUUCAAAUCUAAGGGUAAAACCAAGAAGGAUGCAAAGGCACUUGAAGGACAGCCUAUUGUUCACCAACCAACUCUCCUGAUUCCUCCUGCAGAGGAAACUGGCAUGAGUGAAUCACAAAACAGCACUGUCAACAAUGAUCAAAACUCUCCAACUUUGUCUAUUCCAUACUCCCCUCCUUUCGGCUAUGUGUAUUACCCUACUAGUCCUGUUGUACCCUACUCUCCUGUGGAGUCUGAUCCUUAUUUCAGUCCUCUCAGAUUACAAUUUCCUACAGAUUACAUGCCAGACACCCCUCAAUCACCCUGUUUUUCUCUUAAUGGGGAUUUGAGUGUGUAUGGUUCUUCCCCUCAAUAUCCCAUGAUGGCUACUUCUCCUCAUUAUCUGUACCCAGCAUCACCUGGGAUAUAUGUUGGCUCUCCUCCUCCAGGGUGGAGCCCACUGACACCCACCACCCCACAACCACAGAGCUGAAAAAGAAGCCUAAGUAACAGUUGAUUGUGUCAAUAUUUUCAUAUAUAUUCAACAGUUCCUGGCAGCAUUUAUGAAAGUUACAGACCUGCACUUUAAUUAACUUUAAUUUUGUAAUCAAUUCUAUCAAUUGGUGGUGGGAGAUAAUUUCUUUCCCUUAAUUUAUUUUUAAUUCAGCUGAAGUUUGCCUUUAAGUUUCUUCUGUCUAAUCUGGACAAGUGACGUCUAUAGUUUGGUUUUUGGUUUUUCCAAUCACUUUUUGGAUUAUUUAGGUGUGCAAUCAUAGAUGCUCAGGCUGCUGUUAAAUCAAUUUGUUUAUAUGUUCAAAUCUAUAUGUCUGUUUUACAUUUCAUUGAUGUAUCAAAUGUUGUGACUAAAAAUAAUGGUAAACUGCCUUUUAUAACCUCCUUUAAGUUGUAAAAGGUAGGAUUGACUGAAAAUAAACUGAAGAUUUACAA